GCAGUAUCAUUUCAGUAUUCGUCACAGAUUAAAUUCCAAAACGUUCUUUUAUUUCGACUUGACACAAUAUUGAAAUUAUUAGAUGUUGUUUAUAUUUCUUUGAAUAUUAACUGUAGUUUAAAACAUAAUUUUUCCUUGAUUUUACUGUUUAUACAUGUGUUUUUUACUUAAAUAAUGCAGAGCAAAUUAAGAGUAUCUAGGAAAGUUUUAGCCAUUGUUGCCACGUUGAGUGCAUUUUCAGUAGUCUCCGCUGAAGUGAAAUGGGAAGAUGCCAAAUCUAUAUAUGAAUUCACAGCCAAAGAUAUUUAUGGUAAUGAUGUAUCCUUAGAGAAAUACAAGGGCCACGUGUGUAUAAUAGUUAACGUUGCGUCUGAGUGCGGCUUUACCGACGUGAAUUAUGAACAGUUGAAUUAUUUAUACGACAGGUAUGGAAAGAGCAAGGGCUUGAGGAUAUUGGGUUUCCCUAGCAACGAGUUCGGAGGUCAAGAACCGGGAACCAACGAGGAUAUUAUCAACUUUGCUAAAUUUAAAGGUAUUAAAUUUGAUUUAUUUUCAAAAGUAAACGUCAACGGAGAUGAUGCGCAUCCAUUAUGGAAAUAUCUGAAAGCCAAACAAGGAGGAUACUUUGGCGACUUCAUCAAAUGGAACUUUACGAAAUUCAUUGUUGAUAAAAAGGGACAAGUUAGAGAAAGAUUCGCGACCACAACCAAUCCUAACGACAUGGUGGAAUAUUUGGAAAAGUAUUUUGACGAAAAAGUUGAUUCAGAGGAUGAUACCAAAAAGGAACUCUAAGUGACCAUUUGUAAAUUUAUUGUUUUAGUGACCCCAUAACAAAUAAGUUGUUUCUAUUUGUUUGGAUGUGGGUCAAAAUAAAAACGGUUUUUAACGGUGCUUGGUCGAGAUUUCAACAAAUAUAUUGUCUUCCCCAGGACUUACUUAUAUUUUAAACCUUUUGGUAGAUUUCUUAAAUAUAUUUAAAUCUAGGCAAUACAC